AUGAUGAACGCUCCUUUCUUUAACGCUUCGGCCAGUAUUAUUGCCCUGGUGGCGCGGUUUCGUGAUCGUCGAUACAAGGGAAAGGAGCCAUCGACACUUCCAUAUGUUCUACCGGGAGUUGGUUCGGCACUCAGUCUGAUUAGAAAUCCCCAUGGAUUCUUCAAUUCUAUUGUACAAAAGGUCGACAAUGGUGAGCCCAUCCGUAUGCGUCUGGGCAACGUCCACGCCUAUCUCAUCCACGGCACAAGAAACGUUCAACAAGUCUUUCGAUGUUCAAAAGAACUCACCUUCGAAGAGUUUGCUCUCAGAGUAGCUCAAAAAGUCAAACGUCUUCCUGCCAAAGAUGCUGCGUUAGUGGCAAAAGAUAUAUCAGGAUCGUCACGGCUACCAUUAACUGAGACUCGUGAGGCAGAUCGAAUCUGGAGAAAGUUCCAUGAGAUCUACGAGUCCCACCUCAUUGGUGCCAAUGCGGUAUCUGCUCUUACAGAGCUGUUCAUCGAUACCAUGAUUGAUGAGCUCAGUACCGUUGCAACUCAGGGGCCGAUUGAGAUUGGCAUUGAUGAGUUUAUGAAGCAUCAUAUGUUUCGAGCUUCUACCAUUGCUCUCGCUGGUCGAAAGGUCUUUGACAUUGAUCCCAACUUCGCAGAUGUGUUUUGGGAUUACGAUGAAGAUUUCAUGUCUUUGCUCUAUGGUAUUCCCAAGUUUCUCUGUCGAAAGGGGUCCAACGCCAGAGACAAGUGCUUGGAGACCGUCAAAGGCUAUCUCGAUCAAGGUUGGCAAAAUCUCGAUUGGAGAGCUUGUCGCGAACAAAACCCUGAUUGGGAACCAAACUUUGGAUCCAAGCUUGUUCGUGAGAGAGAAGUUGCCAUGGAGAAAUAUGGCAUUGGCCUUGAUGGGAGGGCUUCUUUUCAGAUGGGUCUCAUCUGGAGUAUUAACUCGAAUGCUAUUCCGAUGACAUCCUGGAUUAUCAUUGAGAUUCUCCGUCGACCAGAGAUUUCCAAAAGAAUUCAGGAGGAAGUUGCUACAGUCUACGAUAAGAACACCAAGCAAGUCGACAUUGUGGCACUGAAGAAGCUGCCAUUACUCAACUCAGUAUACUUUGAGUGUCUUCGUCUACGAUCAUCAGUGUUUGUAGUCCGCAAACUACGAAACUCGAUUGAACUAGACGGCUACACACUCAAAGAGGGCAAUCUGGUCCUCGCACCAUCAUACCUUGCACACAACGCCCCGGAAGUAUGGUCAUCAUCUACACAUCCUCCAGAAGAAUUUUGGCCAGAGCGCUUCAUCAAGAAAGGUAAUUCUGGGAUCUCAGCAGGCAAUUAUUUCCCCUACGGAGGCGGCGCGGCAAUGUGUCCGGGGCGGAAUUACGCUAAGCAGGAGAUCCUGUCUGCGGUUGUUCUAUUCUUUGCACGCUUUGAGAUUGAGCCGCUACGGUUUGUGGGUCGUGAUGGGAAGACGUCGGAUAGAGGGCCUGAGGUUGGAAAUGAAGCGAGGGGUGUUGCAAGGGUUGAUAGGGAUUUACUUGUCAGAUUACGGCGCGUUUAG